UACAGCUCCGCAUUCUAACGUAAGGUGUGGCCUCGACCAAGCCCACCUUGAGAAGCAGGGCACACUCUACAGCUUACCACCAAUUCUGUUAAUAGUUAAUAGGCCAUCCGAAUAACAUCCCGCAGUAUUAUGACAAGCCAGGAGCGGCAUAUCGUUGUGAUAGGCGGAGGGAUAAUCGGCUGUUCAGCAGCCUACUUCCUAACAAGACAUCCCUCAUACGACCCAUCCCGACACAAGAUUACAAUCCUCGAAGCGACGGAGAUCGCAGGUGGCGCCUCUGGCAAGGCAGGUGGACUUCUUGCGCUAUGGGCUUUUCCGAGCAGCAUAGUGCCGCUCAGUUACAGGUUGCACGCUGAGCUGGCACGGGAACAUAAUGGCAAGGAGCGGUGGGGCUAUCGGGAGGUGAAUUGCGGGCAGCUUGCCGCGCAGGGCCGCCCGUGGACGGUGAACAAGCCUGGUGACAAUAACUCUGCGGAAGCUCCGCAAGAUCCUGGUGCAGCGGUUUCGUUGCAAAAAAGGGGUGAGGAGGCGAUGAAGGAGUUGAAAUCCGCGGGUUUCCCAAGGGAUUUGGACUGGUUUGAUGCGGAGGCGUUGAAGAGUUAUGAAGAAAUGAGCGGCUCUGGGGAGACGGCGCAGGUACACCCGUACCUGUUCACUACCUCCAUGGCACAACUGGCGGAAGAUAAGGGCGCAAGGGUUGUUCUUGGCCAGGUCACGAAUAUUAAGCACUCGAAGGAUGCUGUUCAAUCUGUGACUUAUACGGAGAAGGAAACGGGUGCUUCGCAUAGCAUCCCGGCAACGGAUGUGGUUAUUGCUGCUGGGCCAUGGACACGGAACAUUUUCCCCCGUGCGCCCAUAUCCGCCCUACGAGCACACAGUGUCGUUGUCCGUCCUACACGGCCCGUAUCCGCGUACACGCUAUUUACAGAGCUUGCGCUGCCCGCUGGAUUCGGGUCUUUGUCGGGUGCGGGGAAAGGGAAAGUACGACCAAGAGUAGUUUCUCCUGAGAUCUAUGCUAGACCAGAUGAUACUGUUUAUGCAUGUGGCGAGGGAGAUACCCUCGUGCCUUUGCCCGACACAACUGCAGACGUCGAGGUUGACCCGGCCCGGUGCCAGGAUAUCAUCGACUCCAUCGGGAGUGUGUCCAAGGCUCUUCGGGAGGGGGAUGUAAUUACCAGACAAGCCUGCUAUCUGCCGAACGUAGAGAUAGCACGCGCUGGUCCAUUGAUCGGACAUGUGGGAAUUAAGGGGCUUUUCAUGGCCACAGGCCAUACCUGUUGGGGGAUCCAGAAUGCCCCUGGAACCGGGAAGCUGAUAAGCGAGUUUGUGUUUGAGGGAGAGGCGAAGAGUGCCAGUAUCGCGAGGCUGGAUCCAAGGAAAUUUGUGUAAUUUGUAUCUGUGUGAACGGGUACACUUCCAGUUAGAAAUACUUCUGCUACGUGUGUACUGUACAUAUGGUGCUUUGGAUUCCUGUUGUUGAGACGCAAGCUAGCCAUAACCAGUGAUAUCUUCGAAGAGUUGUAUUCAUGUGAGCCUGUUUUUCCUCCAUUGGUUUGUUGGGUAUGGUCAGGACAUCUGAUUUUUUUUGAAUCUAUCCAUGUGAGGGUACCUAGGUAACUAUUCAUACCGGCACAUGUAAUGCACCAUUUAUGAGACGCUUUCAUGAGUUUUAUCCUUGCUGAAAUCCUUCCAUGCGAUCUUCUCCACGAGACUAAAAUUGUGCAGUAAAUAUUGGCUACAUUCUCACACUUGUUUGGGUAA